GGCAAGGCCCCGCCUCGGAGCCGUGGUCCCUGGUGAAGUGUGCGGGAGGGGGCGCCUCUGAGGCGACGAGACGUCCGCUGUGCCCCACGGCCAUGGCUACACCGGCGGUCACUCUCGGCAUCGACCUGGGCACCACGUCUGUGAAGGCGGCCUUGCUGGAGGCCGCGCCCGGCGACCCAUCGGGGUUCGUGGUACUGGCCAGCUGCGUCCGGGCUACGCGGGCCGAGGCGGAGGCCCAGAGCGCGGCGGCGGCGCCCCAGGCGCGGGAGCAGGAUGUGAGUAGAAUCAUCCAAGCCCUAAACGAGUGCGUUGCUGCCCUGCCCCAGCAGGAGCUGCGGAAAGUCUGCAGCAUUGGAGUGUCAGGACAGAUGCACGGAGUCAUGUUUUGGAAAACAAACCAAGGCUGUGAAUGGACGGAGGGAAGGGCCGCCCCUGUGUUCCAGCCCAGAGCCGUGAGCCACCUGGUUACAUGGCAAGAUGGCCGGUGUAGCCGCGCGUUCCUGGCUUCUCUGCCCCAGCCAGAGUCCCAUCUCAGUAUGGCCACGGGAUUUGGCUGUGCAACCAUCUUCUGGCUUUUGAAAAAUAGCCCAGAGUUUCUGAAGUCCUACGAUGCCGCUGGCACCAUCCAUGACUAUGUGGUUGCCAUGUUGUGUGGCUUGCCCAGACCCCUGAUGUCUGACCAGAAUGCCGCUAGCUGGGGCUAUUUCAACACCCAGAGCCAAACCUGGAACAUGGAGAUACUGAGGGCCUCGGGCUUUCCUGUCCGUCUGCUCCCGGACGUCACGCAGCCCGCCAGCGUGGCAGGCAGAACUUCCCACGCGUGGCUCGAAAUCCCCAAGGGGACACAGGUGGGCGUGGCCUUGGGUGACUUACAGGCCUCCGUCUAUUCCUGUAUGGCCCAAAGGACAGAUGCCGUUCUCAACAUAAGCACCUCAAUUCAGCUGGCAGCCUCCAUGCCUUCAGGAUUCCAGCCGGCACAGACACCAGACCCUGCAGCCCCAGUUGCCUACUUCCCAUACUUUGACAGGACCUACCUGGCAGUGGCAGCAUCACUCAACGGGGGCAAUGUGCUGGCCACAUUCGUCCACAUGCUGGUCCAGUGGAUGGCGGAGCUAGGCCUGGAGGUUGAAGAAUCCACUGUGUACUCACGCAUGAUCCAGGCAGCUGCGCAGCAGACAGACACCUGCCUAACUAUCACUCCAACAGUGUUGGGCGAGAGGCACCUGCCAGACCAGCUGGCCUCAGUGACCAGAAUCUCCUCCUCUGACCUCUCCCUGGGGCACGUGACCCGGGCCCUGUGCCGAGGCAUCGUUCAGAACCUGCAUUCCAUGCUUCCAUCUCAGCAGCUCCAGGAGUGGGGCGUGGAGCGUGUGGUCAGCAGUGGGAGUGCGCUGUCCAGGAACGAGGUGCUGAAGCAGGAAGUGCAGAGGGCUUUCCCUUUCCCAGUGUCCUUUGGGCAGGAUGUAGACGCAGCUGUGGGGGCAGCACUAGUCAUGUUCCAGAGAAACCUCAAGCAGGAGGAGCCCUAGUCAGCACACUAUUUGGCCAAAGGACUGUUGCAAAUUUUAUCUAAUUAACAUUCCUGAUGUGAUCUUGGGGUCAUCCUUUUCCUGGACAGCUCGGUGGGCAGUUUUUAAACAAUGCUUCUUUUCAGGCACCAUCUUGACCAAGGACCUUCCUUCAGGGUACACUCUAAUAAUGUAGCCAGGAGUCAUCAACCAGAUCCCAAAUCAAUGCCUUCUGAAAGAGACUCACCUGGGAGCUGGUUGCAAAUGUAAAUGUGGAAAAAAGAAAGAGAAAAAAGGAACAGGAGCCCAGCAUCCUGGUCAGCAGGCUCACCUGUGAUUCACCUGCAGAUAAAGAGAAAAUACAUGUGGACUUCAGGCACCAAAAAGCCUGGUAGCUGUGGGCUCCAAGUAAGAAAAGAAGACCUGGGGGUCGGCUGAGUGGCUCAAUUGAUUAAGAGCGCAAGCUCUGAGCAACAGGGUUGCCGGUUCGAUUCCCACAUG